AGUAACUUCAGUUUGAUUCUUAUGCGUUCUCCUUGCAAGUGAAUUGAGUAGUGUGAAGCUUAGUUGGUUGCUGGAGCAAAGGAGUUUAAGAUUGCUGUAAGGAUGAAUGUUUAGUUUGAACUUUGAAGUGAUGAUGAAUUGAGUUUUGGGGCAUGAAAAUGGGUGUUAUGUCUAUUCUAGAUCGGAGAUUGUACCAUAUUGCUACUAUGCGGUUCUUAUUUGUUGGUGUGUUGGUUGCAAUAGUAGUUGUUUUCCAAUGUUUUGCACUUCCCUCUUGGAGAUUACAUUCUCUGUUAGAUUCGGAGAAGCUCUCAGUAGCUCUGCCAGCUAAGGAUAUGGGAAAUGGAGUAGAUUUGGACUAUGAGAUGGAGUCUAAUGUGGAUGGGAAUUUGAGCAUUGGAGAGACCCUAGAUAGCAGUUAUGGAGGGGAAAAUAGUGAAGAUGCAAUUCAGAAAGGUUUCACUCAUGAAAGACCAAAUUAUGCACAUGAUCCUGUAGAAUACAGAUAUAAUGCUUCACCACUAGGGGUUCCUUCAAAGGGCAUAACAUUUCUGGAUGAAGAUUUGGGCACCUUAAUCACUGCAAGAAAAUCUUCAAAUGGCAGUGGAAUGCAAAGGGGGGAAAUGAAAGCUCAAAAUGAGAAGUCACCUCUAUUGAAAGUUCCUUUGUCCAAUUUGAGUACUUCAUUGACUCGGAUGAACUCCUUAUUGCUUCAGAGUUUUAACUCUUCUUAUAUGAGACCUAGGUGGUCUUCUCGUCCUGAUCGUGAACUCUUAUCCGCAAAACUGGAGAUCGAAAAAGGCCGUGUCGUAUCAAAUCCUUCUGGGCUUUAUGCACCUAUUUUCCGGGAUGUUGCCAAGUUCUCAAGGAGUUAUGCACUGAUGGAACGCAGGCUCAAAGUUUACGUCUACAGAGAAGGAGAUAAGCCUAUAUUUCACCAGCCAAGGACGAGGGGACUAUAUGCAUCCGAAGGUUGGUUUAUGAAACUGAUGGAGGGAAAUAAACGGUUCGUAGUGAAGGAUCCUCGCAGAGCUCAUUUGUUUUACCUGCCAUUCAGUUCACAAAAGCUAAGAAUUACUCUUGCUGAACAAAAGCUUAAUGGUAAGCAGAUGGAGCAAUACCUAGAGAGGUACGUGCAUUUAAUCGCAGGAAGAUAUCGAUUCUGGAACAGAACUGGGGGAGCAGACCAUUUUCUUGUUGCUUGUCAUGACUGGGCCUCUCAAAUCACAAGGCAACCAAUGAAAAAUUGUAUUAGGUCUCUCUGCAACUCAAAUAUUGCUAAAGGCUUCCAAAUAGGAAAAGACACCACUCUACCAGUUACAUAUAUACACUCUAUGAUGGAUCCUCUAAGAGGUUUUACAGGUAAAUCUCCUUCAGAGAGAUCUAUUCUCGCCUUCUUUGCGGGGAGCAUGCAUGGUUAUCUCCGUCCCGUGCUGCUAAAACACUGGGAAAACAAAGAAUCAGACAUGAAAAUUUUCGGUCCAAUGGGGCGCGAUAUUGAAGGUAAGAAACUUUACAUGGAAUACAUGAACAGCAGUAAAUAUUGCAUAUGUGCUAGAGGCUAUGAGGUUCACACCCCAAGAAUAGUUGAGGCCAUUUUUUCUGAGUGUGUCCCAGUUAUCAUAUCAGAUAAUUAUGUGCCACCUUUUUUUGAAGUUUUGAAUUGGGAAGCAUUUUCUGUAACUGUUAGUGAAAGGGAUAUCCCAAAUCUAAGAGAAAUACUUGUCUCAAUCCCAGAAGAGAAGUACCUUGCAUUGCAUUUGGGAGUGAAGAAGGUUCAGCAACAUUUUCUGUGGCAUAGGAUUCCUGUUAAGUAUGACUUGUUUCAUAUGAUUCUUCAUGCAAUAUGGAACAAUAGGCUUUCUCAGAUUAGACCAAGAUAAUGUUGUCAACGAUACAUGACAUUAAUAAAUUCAAUUUUUGGGAUGAAAUAUGAGCAACAUCGUGGAUAGAACAACGGAAGCUAGACUCAAAACCUUAUGAUGGUGAUGAAUUAGAGUCUUGACCCUUUGCUAAACUAGUUGGGCUAAAAGCAUAUUGAUGAUAGUAAAUUGGUCAACUGAAACUAGUCCAAGUUGAUAGAGAAAUAUUAUUUUGUCUUGUACAUCGAGUCAAUACGCAUCAGUUUAUCACUGGAUUGAAUUUAGUUAUGUCAGGUCAAUGUACAUAAAUAAAAAGCAAAUUCUUAUGGAGUAUUAUGGAAAUGAAAGAGUGGAGGGAAUUCUAAAUUCUUCCAGGGAAUCUUGGUCUUGUGGACUGUUGUAUAAAUAAAUAAUAAAUAUUCUAAUAAAUCAUUGAAGU